AUGCAUUCUUUCUCAAUCUUGCUGGCAGCCUCGGCCCUGACGGGCACUGCUCUCGCCAAGCCUCUUCCCGUUCCUCAACAAGUUGCGCCAAGGAGAGGGUUCACUCUCCCCCAAAGUGUCCCAAAGCCGUACCAGGCUGGUCCUGUGGCUUUGGAAAAGACCUAUCUCAAGUUCAAUGCGGCUGUUCCCGAAGAGGUGAAGGCCGCGGCCGCCGACGGCUCAGUUGUCGCCACACCGGAGCAAUUUGAUGCUCUAUACCUUUGCCCAGUCACCAUCGGAGGGCAGACUUUGAACCUGGAUUUCGACACCGGUUCUUCCGACUUGUGGGUGUUCUCGUCCGAGCUGUCUAGCUCGGUGCAAGCGGGUCACAGUAUCUACGACCCCUCCAAAUCGAGCACUGCCAAGAAAUUGAACGGGGCCACCUGGAGCAUCUCAUACGGGGAUGGGUCCAGUGCCAGCGGUGACGUCUACACUGACACCGUCGACAUCGGUGGCACGACUGUGACUGGACAAGCUAUCGAGCUUGCGAAGACAGUCAGUGCCCAAUUCCAGCAGGAUGAGAACAACGACGGCCUGCUUGGGCUCGGAUUCAGCUCCAUCAACACCGUCAAACCCCAGCAACAGACCACGUUCUUCGACACUGCAAUCAACCAAGGUGUUCUUGCUCAGAAUGUGUUCACUGUGGACUUGAAGAAAGGCGUCCCUGGUAGCUACGAUUUCGGCUUCAUCGACGACUCCAAGCACACGGGUGAGAUCACCUAUACCCCGAUCGACAACUCCCGAGGAUUUUGGGAGUUUACUGGUACCGGUUACCAGGUUGGCGAUGGACAGUUUCAGUCAGCCAGCAUUGAUGCCAUCGCCGACACUGGCACCACUCUUCUCCUUAUGGAUGAUGACAUUGUUUCUGCAUAUUACGACGCUGUUGAUGGUGCCCGCUAUGACAACACUCAAGGUGGCUAUACUUUCCCAUGUUCUACGGAUCUCCCAGAUUUCGGUGUCGGCAUUGGUGAUACCACCGCCGUGAUUCCUGGGUCAUUCAUGAACUUCGCUCCCCUCUCUUCAGGCUCGUCAAGCUGCUAUGGUGGUCUUCAGAGCAACCAGGGCAUUGGCCUGUCGAUCUACGGCGAUAUCUUCCUCAAGGCCGUUUUCGCCGUUUUCGACAGUGAGAACAUGCAGUUUGGUGUCGCGACAAAGGAACUUUAG